UGUACUUUUUUUUUUUUCAAACACAAAACACAGACACUUGCUAUUGUGUGAUGUAUUCAGUCUGAAUGGCCAAAGCUUAUGCAACUGCACUGUAACUGGAUCAGCCUGUUAAGAAGACCUUCCCUUCAAAACGAAAGUUAAAGAAAUAGAAGAAUUAAAUAGCCAUGGAGAUGCAGGAGAUCCCACCAGAGAAACAGGAGAUCCCACCAGAACAGCAGAAAAACGAUGAUGAAGGGACGAGUGAGCCGAUGCUGGAAGUCAAAACUGAAGAUUUAGAGAAAGAAGAAACAGAACAUUACACCGAACUGACCAGUCCAAUGGAGGAUGUGUAUACAGAGGCUUUUUUUGGUGACACACAGCGGAAGAAAAAAGCAGGAAGCCAAACUCAGGCCAACAUUGGUUUGUGGCGUGCAGCGUGUUUGUGCCUCAGCAUAAUCUGUCUGAUUCUGCUCCUCAUCACUGUCGUCCUUGGUCUGAAACUCCAGACUGGAUCCACAGUCUGCUCAGACGGAGAGAAAACAACCGACAACCAUGCAGUUGUUGAAAGGUGCAGCAUGGAAUGGUGCCAGAAUCACUUCCCCGAGAUUCAACCUCGGCGCCUCUGGGGUCGUGAGUGCCCCAAAAGCUGGUUGAUGCUCGACCAGUCUUGCUUCUUCCUGUCCACGUACAGGCUGAGUUGGGAUGAGAGCCAGAGGAACUGCACCAACAGAGGAGGAUCUCUGACCAUCAUCAACAGCCAGAGAGUUCAGACAUUUUUGAGUAAGAAGGGGAACCUGAAAUACUGGAUUGGGCUGAGAGAGAGAGAAUCCUGGACUUGGGUCGACAACAGUCCUCUGAGAGAGAGUUACUGGUCAGAUGUUCCCGGUGACGGCGAGUGUGUGACGCUGAACACCGACAACCCAGCUGACAAGAACUGCUUAAGUAGGCUGUCAAAGAAUCUCCUACUUCAUCUGCCAGCUGCAGCCCUGAGCUGAAUAUGGAGCGAAUCAUUCUCCUGUCAACACAUCUAACUGCAUCGCAAUAGAGCAACCCUUCCAACUUUCACUUAAACCAGUCAUAACCAACAAAGAACAAGAAUAACAAUUAUUUCAAGUAGCAUUGUGUAGCUUUAUCUGCAAUUUGUCACUGCCACUGUCAGCACUAGGCAGCUCAUUUUGUGCUCAUGUACUAUAUGAUGCGUAAACUACUGGAAUUU